AUGGGAAAUGCUGUGAAGACGCCGAGAGCCUCCGAAGAAACGUGUGUGUCAAGCCAAACAGGUCAGGAGAGUGAUUUCCUUGCUGUCCUCUAUGACUACCCUUCAGCAGACAUAAGCCAACCUAUAUUUCAUGUAGGGGAAAAACUACGUGUGCUAUCAGAUGAGGGAGGCUGGUGGAGAGUUCAUUCCCUUACAACAGGUCGAGAAAAUUAUAUUCCAGGAAAAUACGUAGCAAAGGUUUACCAUGGCUGGUUAUUUGAAGGGCUGGGAAGAGAAAAAGCAGAGGAACUUCUCCAGCUACCCAACACCAAGGUCGGCUCCUUCAUGAUCAGAGAGAGUGAAACUAGGAAAGGGCUGUACUCCUUGUCGGUGCGGCACAGGCAAGUGAAACAUUACAGGAUCUUCCGCCUCCCAAACAACUGGUAUUACAUCUCCCCACGCCAAACCUUUCAGUGCCUUGAAGACCUUGUGAAUCACUACUCAGAGGUUGCUGAUGGUCUCUGCUGUGUCCUUACAACCCCUUGUCUUACCCAGUGCACUAACAACAGUGUAACGGAUCAAGUUCCUCCUGUCGUGAUGAGGACUAAAAACUUCAGCUGGAGAAAUAUUCACAGGCUGGAGGUGAGUGAAGAUACUGAAAGCACCCUGGCAGCAAUGGAUGAUUCUUGUCUCAGCUAUGGUCUGAGGGAAAGUAUCGCUUCCUACCUCUCCUUAACAGGAGAUGACAGCACUUCUUUUGCAAGUUCCAGAAAGAAGAAAGCCCAAUCUCUUAUAUACACAGGGAGCAAACGCAAAAGUGUCCUUCACUUGCCACCUACAUAUUAUGAAGACUAG